AUGGAUUCCAAAGGACCUAUCAUUAACCACCUUGCUUAUGCUGAUGACAUUGUUAUUUUUUGUGGAGGUAACAAUAAGUCUAUUAAGCUUAUUAUGCAUCAAAUCAGGAGAUAUGAGAAGGCUUCUGGACAAAAAGUUAACAACAACAAAAGCUUCUUUAUCACUGCUCCUAACACUUCUGUUUACAGGAUUAAUAGGAUGAGAAAUAUUUCUGGCUUUAUUGAUAAACCUUUCCCUUUCACUUAUCUUGGUUGUCCUAUCUACUUUGGGAGGAAGAAUGCUACUCUCUUUGAUGGCAUGCUUUUUAAAAUUGUUAAGAGACUAAAUGGAUGGCAAGGGAAAAUGCUUUCUCAUGGGGGAAAAAUUACUCUCAUCAAGCAUGUGCUCCAAUCUCUCCCUGUUUACAUUAUGUCUCUGUAUGAAUCCUCCCAAGGGAGUUCUAAAGCUUAUGGAGAAACAUUUUGCUAA